GAGAGCCGGUCUUAUGCUGGGUGCUGCCGCCACCUUCCAGGGUAGCAGAGCUGGGACUUCACCGCGCUGCAAUCCCCAGCUCGGGGUAGGAUCCGGGAACACCAGAGCAGAUGCAUCCUUUGGCAGUUGAUUGCGCCCUACACUAGAGAGAAGUCGAGGAAUGAUAUAUUCUUGGGCUAUAUUUUGCCACCCUGGAAUUCAUCCAGUUCAUUCCAAAAACACUGACCCUGUGCUUACCGUGACACACCCUCAGUGAAGGUCUGAUGGACAGACCCUUUCUGUUGACCUUACGGCUCUUUUCUUUCAUGUGGAAGUUGGAAGACAAGGCGAAAGGGGCCAAAAGUUACCUGCUUUGGUGAAUAGGAGUGUUCCACUUGGUUCUCAGAACAUGGGCCCUCGUUUAAAGUUGCAGCUGUGAUCCUUGGCUGUCUGUUGGUGUUGAAGGGACCUGAUGUUUUACGUUAUUGGUGGAAUCACAGUGUCUGUGGUUGCAUUCUUCUUCACAAUUAAGUUCCUCUUUGAGCUUGCCGCACGUGUAGUCAGCUUCCUCCAGAAUGAGGACCGUGAGCGCCGAGGGGACCGGACUAUUUAUGACUACGUGCGAGGAAAUUACCUGGAUCCCCGGUCUUGCAAAAUCUCCUGGGAUUGGAAGGACCCCUAUGAGGUGGGCCACAGCAUGGCCUUCCGAGUGCAUUUAUUCUAUAAGAACGGGCAGCCUUUCCCAGCACAUCGGCCUGUGGGACUAAGAGUUCACAUCUCUCACGUCGAGCUAGCAGUGGAAAUUCCAGUGACCCAGGAAGUCCUUCAGGAGCCCAAUUCCAAUGUGGUAAAGGUGGCCUUCACUGUGCGCAGGGCUGGGCGUUAUGAAAUCACAGUGAAGCUUGGUGGAUUAAAUGUGGCCUACAGUCCCUACUACAAAAUUUUUCAGCCUGGAAUGGUGGUUCCUUCUAAGACCAAAAUUGUAUGCCAUUUUUCUACUCUUGUUUUGACCUGUGGGCAGCCACACACCCUUCAAAUAGUUCCCCGCGAUGAGUAUGACAACCCUACCAACAAUUCCACAUCCUUGAGAGAUGAGCACAAUUACAGUUUGUCUAUUCAUGAGCUCGGCCCUCAAGAAGAAGAGAGUACUAGUGUCUCAUUUGAGAAGUCAGUGACGUCUAACAGGCAGACUUGCCAGGUGUUCUUACGACUCACCUUGCAUUCUUGUGGCUGCUUCCAUGCCUGCAUUUCAUACCAAAAUCAGCCAAUCAAUAAUGGUGAAUUUGACAUUAUUGUCUUAAGUGAGAAUGAGAAGAAUAUUGUUGAACGCAAUGUGUCCACCUCAGGAGUGAGCAUUUACUUUGAGGCUUAUCUUUAUAAUGCCACCAACUGUAGCAGCACACCGUGGCACCUUCCACCCAUGCACAUGAGCUCUUCUCAGCGACGGCCUUCCACUGCUGUGGAGGAGGAAGAUGAAGACUCACCCUCUGAAUGCCACACCCCUGAGAAGGUGAAGAAACCGAAGAAGGUGUACUGCUAUGUGUCACCAAAGCAAUUCUCAGUGAAGGAGUUCUACCUGAAAAUCAUUCCUUGGCGCCUUUACACCUUCCGAGUUUGCCCAGGAACAAAAUUUUCAUACCUUGGCCCUGACCCUGUCCAUAAGCUCCUCACACUAGUGGUGGAUGAUGGCAUUCAACCUCCUGUGGAGCUCAGCUGUAAGGAAAGGAACAUUCUAGCAGCCACUUUCAUCCGCUCCCUCCAUAAGAAUAUAGGAGGCUCUGAGACCUUUCAGGACAAGGUGAACUUUUUCCAGCGAGAGCUUCGGCAGGUACACAUGAAAAGACCACAUUCCAAAGUCACCCUGAAGGUCAGCAGACAUGCCUUGUUGGAAUCGUCUCUGAAAGCCACUCGGAAUUUCUCCAUCUCAGAUUGGAGUAAGAACUUUGAAGUGGUUUUCCAGGAUGAAGAAGCUCUGGACUGGGGAGGGCCUCGCCGGGAAUGGUUUGAGCUAAUCUGCAAAGCACUAUUUGAUACCACCAACCAGCUCUUCACCCGAUUCAGUGACAACAACCAAGCAUUAGUGCACCCCAACCCUAAUCGCCCUGCUCAUCUGCGCCUGAAAAUGUAUGAGUUUGCGGGUCGGCUGGUGGGCAAGUGUCUCUAUGAAUCCUCUCUAGGAGGAGCCUACAAGCAGUUGGUCCGAGCUCGCUUCACCCGUUCUUUCCUGGCCCAAAUUAUAGGACUACGUAUGCAUUACAAGUACUUUGAAACAGAUGACCCAGAAUUCUACAAAUCUAAAGUUUGUUUUAUCCUCAACAAUGACAUGAGUGAGAUGGAGCUGGUAUUUGCAGAAGAGAAAUAUAACAAAUCAGGUCAAUUGGAUAAGGUUGUAGAACUUAUGACAGGUGGAGCUCAAACCCCAGUCACCAAUGCAAAUAAAAUCUUCUAUUUAAAUUUGCUGGCCCAAUAUCGACUGGCCAGUCAAGUAAAAGAGGAGGUGGAACAUUUCUUAAAAGGCCUGAAUGAGUUGGUUCCUGAGAACCUUUUGGCUAUUUUUGAUGAGAAUGAGCUUGAGCUUCUAAUGUGUGGGACUGGAGACAUCAGUGUGUCUGACUUCAAAGCCCAUGCGGUGGUCAUUGGUGGCUCAUGGCAUUUCAGAGAAAAGGUCAUGAGGUGGUUUUGGACUGUGGUUUCCAGUUUGACCCAGGAAGAGUUGGCUCGGCUACUUCAGUUCACUACAGGCUCUUCUCAGCUACCACCUGGAGGCUUUGCUGCCCUCUGUCCCUCAUUUCAGAUUAUUGCUGCUCCAACCCAUAGCACGCUACCUACAGCACACACAUGUUUUAACCAGCUGUGCCUCCCUACGUAUGACUCAUAUGAAGAGGUGCACAGGAUGCUGCAGCUGGCCAUCAGUGAGGGUUGCGAGGGUUUUGGAAUGCUCUGACCACUCUCCGGCCAUCCAUUUGGCUCCCAUGUUCUCUGGAGCAUCUGGGUGCAUGUUACAAACAUGAUAACCAUGGACCUUAAUACACAUAACAAUCAACCAGAAGAUGCAGCUUGCUCCCCUGUGUCUGGAUUAUUUUGUCACCUACAAGCCUCAUCUUUACUUUGCCCCCAUCUCUGUACAUUUCCACCACAAGCCAUUUUGGCAUGUAUGUAAUCUGAGCUCUCCAUUCAGUCACAAGAAGAGGACCAUGCUGCUGUCAUUUCAUUUGGUCCUUUGAAGAUCUCAGUAGCUGGAGCUGCCUCAGUAGGACUCAGCCCUGUCAGGAAGCUGGUGUGUGGAGAGCCUUAAAUCCAUGCCUUGCUCCAACUCCCUCUACCAAUGCUCCCUGAUGCUCCUUGGUGGUACCCUCUCUGGCCCUCACUACGUGACCAGACUGGUAUAUCAGUUCUUCUCAUGGGAGAGGUGAGUGCCUCUUCUUGUCAGGAGCCAGGAGAAGCUCAGAUCGGGAAUGGCCCACAUGAGCAGUCUUUGGUUUUGUUCCCCUGCACAGUGUCAGGCACAGGCCAUGGCACUGGACUACCUCUAAUGAAGACUGAUAGCACAAAAAGAUCUUUUUUUGUGGUGUUAGAACUGGAAAAGCCACUUUCCCUGCACACGUUUUUGGAAAUGAUCAUUAAUCCAUAAAGAACUUUCUAAGCUUUUUCUUGACUUUGAGCCAGUGAGAAAAGCAGACAGACUGAAUGAAGAAUGUGAGGGAUAGCUGGACUGUAGCCUCCAGUGCUGAGUAUGAUUCUCCCUUAGGGUUAUGGGGCAUGGCCAGGCACAUGGCUGGCUUAAACAUUACUAAGGCUUUUCCUGAGUUUGUUCCUUGCACUGAGGUGUGGCUGGGCCUGGCCACUGACCUCCAAGUUAUGCAGCCUGCUAAGUGCUGGGGAUUUUGUAGCAAAGAAUUGGGACAGUGAGAAUAGCAUGCCAGCCAUCCCUGAUUCUCUCUUUGCUUGUUUCUGGCAGUACUGAGGCAAGGGAACAGAGAUCAGGAGUUUAAGUGAUUGUCACAGGUCCUUGGGGUCAGGACACUGAGGAAAGGCAUGGGGAAUAUGUUAGACAGUUAACACCUAGCCAUCCCAGGUACUUCCCUUCACUCCAUCAGUUACCAGGAAAGGGAAUUAAGGAGGGAGGAAGCUAUAUUAGGUUCACUGUUUGGUGAUGAUUGAAGAAAACUGGCCACUGUGUCUUGGAAGAUGACAACAUCCUUUUUCAUUACUGUUUGAAUGAAAAUAAUUUCAAGACUCAAAAUCUCAUCAACUUUCCAAAUUUCUGUUUUUAAGAAGUCAUUGCUGCAAGCUACCAUUCCCAAUGGGGCACUCAACUCUGAGAAUAUUACAAGCCAUCUUUACUGCCAAAACCAGCAAGUACACAGAGUCCUGAGACGAGGCAGGACUUGUGGCAAUGCCUUGGCCUCCUGGAAGCAUGUCUGAGCCCUCCUGUUCCCAGAGAUCAUGAGAACAAGCCCUCCUGAGCUGCUACAGUUCCUGCCUGACCUCACUCCAUCGCAGUCGUCAUUUGUCCUUUUUUGGCGUGGGUGCUGACCUCACUUAUCCUUGGGGUCUGGGAUCCAGCAUCAGGGCCUCUACACCCCAGGAUCCUCCAUGCCACACGGUCACUGCUCUCCUCAGGGACCAGGACAAGGUGCUGCUGCGUGCCCCAAUUUUUUCCCCAUGGGAUAUGUACAGGAAAGUUUAGUCAUCACCCUGGGAAACAUGAUGCUGCCCCUUGGGCCCAGAUAGGGCUUUUCAGCUGGGGGCAUGUGGCUUGGUUCUGCUGUUUUUGGCAGUUGUUCCUCUUCUGGAUUCUGCAUUCUCCCCUCCAGCAGUCCUCCAGAGAUUGAUGCAGGAGGUAGAGUUGAUUUUCUUGGCUGGAUAUGUCGUUUUAAGCUCUAAUCAUAGCACUUUUUCAGAGCACCAAAGGCACCAUUGCAGCCCAACUGGGGCAGCUGCAUCCCUGUGGUGGUGCUUAGGCACCAGAGUCUUUGUUUAACAAAACCCUUUGGUACUCUUGUGGUUUUCUAUUCUUCCAGUUUACUCUCUCUCUAAUUCUAUUCAAAAGUAUCUUUGCUCUUUUUUGCCUUUUCUUUUACCUUUUUUCCUAAUCCUGCUUUGGUACUAGCCAGUUUGGGGAAAAGGUACAAUAUGUCAGAGAGAAGGGAGAUCGGGGUCAGGUUAUUUCUUGGGCAAUUUUCUAUUCAUGUUUCUUAUUUUGGCCAGUUCUUUUGUUUAUGCCCUUGUGGUCCAGGUACUUGGGCCAACUACCCUCCUGGCCUUUUAGUGUCUUUGAAGACCAGGCAUCAAAUGAACACCAAGGAGAGUGUUGGCAUGUUUCCAGAAAUUCAGCAGAGUCCGAGCCCUGCUGUAGUUUCCUCAGGAGAGGUGAAAUGGCCAGACAGUUGUAGCUGAUGAUGUAAAUAUUUUGUACAGUAAAUAAAUAAAUAUUUAAAAGAAGAA